AUGCAGCAUACGAUUGGGGGCAGAACAGACGAACUCCACUAUUCGCAUGGAGCUGAGAGGGGCCUGGAAGGCAAGACUUCCAGAGCUGCAGUGCCACGCAACCAGGAGCUAACCCAGGAGGCUUUCAUGUCCAGCUGCUUGCCGCGCGCCUCUCUUGCGAGCAACUUGCUGCUGCCAGACUGUGCACAGUUGAACCGAGCGCGUGGAUCUGCCUCACUGAGCGAAAAUGAUCAGGCGUUUCUAGACGAAGCUGCAGGCAAACAGCUGAGCUUGGGCCUGCCCCCUGGAGAAGUUCCUGCUAAACCGGGAGUUAGGCAAUUGCCAGCGAAUUCGGAACAAAACAUGGCAAUUGCUGACAAUGGCCACACCCCAACCGAUAGGAUUGCUGCUGCUACCGCCGCUGGAAGGCUGCUGGAACGGGCUCGCCUGCUACAGAGUACGGCCUCGGGUCUGUACUGCGUGCUCCCCUUGGGUUUUCGUGUCAUGAAGAAGAUCGAAGCCAUUUGCCAUCAAGAACUUGCAAGGAUAGGAGCGGCGCCAUUAUGCCUACCGAAUCUCAUGCCGAUGGAUUGGCUGCAGAACUCAGACCGAGUACGCUCCUUCGGGGAGUCACUCUACCGGCUUCACGACCGUCGUAAACGGCAGCUUUUCCUGCCUCCAACUUGUGAGGAGGCAGCUGCUUGGUUGGCCUCCACUGGCGUGAGGAGCCACAGGGAGCUUCCGUUGCUUUUCUACCAAAUCGGCCCGAAGUUUCGCGACGAGUUCCGCCCUCGCGCAGGCUGUCUCCGCUCUCGUGAAUUCGUGAUGCUAGAAGCAUACUCGUUCCACCAGGACGUAGCGUGUCGGGAUACACAGUACCGAGAGAUGGACGAGUGCUUCAGACGAAUAUUUGCCCGUCUGGGUGCGACGCCUGUGUACAGAGUACCGGCAGAUCCGGGCACCAUGGGUGGUCCUUGCAGCCACGAAUACCACGUCUCUAGCGAACUGGGGAGUGAUAACGCCGCAUCUGGCCUCAUUGCGCAGGAUGGCAGUGGCAGCAGGCACAACACUGCUACUCAAGCAGUAGCUAUCGAGAGACUUCCCCCUGGCAGGAGCUUGGAGGUUGCUCACUGCUUUCAGUUGCCUGGGGUGUACUGCGAAGCUGCAAAGGCCCGCUUCACAGACUCUCAGGGGGUAGUACGAGUUCCUCUAAUGAAUAGCUACGGAUUAGGCGUGUCUCGUCUUCUUGCACACUUGGCGCUAACGCAUCAGGAUGCAAAGGGAGUGUCUUUUCCGCCACAAGUGGCGCCUUUUUGUGUGGCGAUCCUCCCUCAGCCAGCAGCGCGUUGGAAUAGCAGCAACCGUUCAACACGCGUAGCUGUGGCCCUCUUUAGACGCUUGCAGAAGAUAGCAGCAGACGUAGGCGGCUUUGCCGACGUUUUGCUGGAUGACCGUCGAGGUCUUAGCCUUCACCAGAUGCAGGCGCAUGCAGAUCUUGUGGGGAUUCCACGCCAGGUAGUCAUAAAAGAAAAACUGCUGUGGCCUCCUGGAAGGGCUCGUGUACUCUGUAUCUCACGCAGGACUGGUACAGCUGAAAUAAAACCGCUAAGGUCUGCUUUGGCUGCGCUGAAAGACGCCUUUUUGGAAUUUGGAACGAGCAGCAAACAGAGUUUGUAG